AUGGGCGAGCACGAGGGGGCCCCGAGCUCACAGAUAGACUUCGUCUUCGUCCGAGCACAGCACGCCACCUCACGUUCGAAACAGGCCAGCGCUCUCGUGGACUACCCGGUCGCUUCGUGGCGAGGUGGCCCUCGGCAUUACCCAAUUCAAGCAGAAAUACCUGUUCCCAGGCCCAAAUGGAACACAUCAGCCCAGGCCCCGGUGACGACACACGUGGAUAGGGAGCAGAUGAUCCAAGACCUCAGGUCCACCACUACGACGAUGGCCAUGCACAAUUAUCGACAAGAUGUCCAGGCUCGACUCCCGGCACCUCUGGAUGACCCGCAGGCAAAUAGCCAAUCAGAAGAACUUGCCAAUUGUGCGAGAACUAUGUGGGGACUGUUCAGGAAAAUGCGAGCGCAUCGCUACGGCAUGCCGGGCAUCAUCAACGCCUGGCGGCAGUGGACUGAGUUUAGCAGGGCUCACAGAGUGCACAAAGCACGUUCAAAGCAACGGUCAAAGCAGAGGAAGCAGGAUCUUCUACAACAAGCCCAAACUGCAGCAGCGCAGGGGAACAUGCACGAGAUGUGGAAACUCAUUCGUCAGCUCGCCCCGAAGGCGCCCAAAAAGCGUCUACAGCUCCACAGGGAGGGACACAUGCUUUCCCCGGAGGCCGAAUUGGAAUGGAUUCUCACAGCAUAUGGGGAGAGAUAUGCCACCGACCCUGACAAGGCACCGAUCACUUUCGAGUUUCCGGCCCAUUCAGGAGUCUUCCUUGACUCGCAGGAACUGAAGUGGCACUUAGAACAUCUCAAUCCUCGCAAGGCAGUCCCGAAGGGCACUGCGCCGGCCAUUGCUUGGCGAGCCUGCUCAGAUUUAGUGGCUGAUCCUGUCGUGCAGGUGUUCAACAAAUGGCGAGGCACGGAGGAGCUCGUUCUCCGGAGAUGGGCAGAUGCUGACGUCGCGCUGCUGCCGAAAGCACACGGUCGGUCGAACGGGCCACUCGAUUGGAGACCGAUAGGAGUGCAAGACCCGCUAGGCAAAUGCCUCAUGAGCACGAUCGUCAAACAGGCCAAGCAGGCCAUCCAUGACCUCAUCAUCAAGUACCCUCAGUGCGCCUAUGUUAAGCAUCGCUCAACAAGUACAGCACUACGUCAGGUAUAUGCUCACUGCCACGACAUCCGCGAACACUGUUCCAAGGCCCGCCUCAACAUACAUCAGCUGUACGAAGGAGAGACACAAGUUAAGUGUCACGGCGGACUUCAAAUCAGUCUCGACUUGUCGGCGGCUUUCGACCUCGUGGAAUGGAGCCACCUCAAACAGGCCCUAGACCUUGCCCAAGUUGACAUCGCCAUCCAAGAAAUCAUGCUUACCUGGUUAACUCAGGUCCGGUACCUUUUCAGACAUCGCCACCUACAGGGAUCAAUUAAGCCCCGACGAGGCCUUCGGCAAGGGUGCACCGCUUCACCCAUUUUGUGGGCCGUCUUCACAUCUUUACUGUGUGUCAGCAUUGAGGCCAGAACCACCCCCGAAUGGACCAGACAACAUCUUUGUCUGCACGCAGACGACUCACAUCUCCGAUUUCGCUUUGACUCUUAUGAAGCCUUCGAAGCGGUCAUGGGAGAAGUCCGCAUCGUCUUUGCCUGCUUCAGGUUGUUCCACCUCAAGAUCAACAUGGAAAAGACCAAGGCCAUCCUCAAGAUGGUGGGAACCCUAAAAGAUCGAGUCAAGAAGGAAUAUGUCCGAAAGCAUCCUACCACUAAAAGGCUGCUCCUCAGCCCACGUGAGCCUGAACAAUGGCUCUCUCUGGUUCCGCACACAGAAUACCUCGGGCUGGUGAUCUCCUACGAUCAGUUUGAGCUACAAUCCUUGCGGCAUCGUCUUACUAAGGCUCAUAACCGCAGAUGGGCGCUGGCGUCAGUUCUUCAUUCCCGCAGGCUGAGCAUCAAGUAUAAGCUUGACAUAUGGCGCAGCUGCGUCUACUCUUCUAUGACCUACGGGCUCGCACACUGUGGGCUCACAGGCGACCAAACGGAGGAACUCCAGCGUGCCAUCAUGAAGCACACCAGGGCGGUGAUCUCCAACCAGGCCUUUCUCACGGGUGACACACAUGAGUCCAUCCUCUCUCGUUACAAAAUUCCGAGAAUUGCGGAGGACUUCCACAAAGAACUUCAGCGUGCUGAACAAACGCAGGCGCAUUCCCCAGACUGGAUGUUCUGCCCAGAAUGGCAUCAACAUCUUGACACCAGGCUCCUACAGCGACACACUAUGCCGGACUCUGAUGAUGAGUGCGCGCAGCCGCAAGUCUGGGCAUGUCCUUGCUGUGAGCGUAUGAGCGGCAACGACGAGAUGGAAGAGUUCUGGGGGAGCCUGCAGACGCCCAGCAGUCUUCUACAAUCCAACAAACGGCGCAGGCCUCCUACCAAUGGGUUUCGGCAGGACAACCCGUACCAGCCUCAGCAGUUCCAGGCUCAGCCGGACUUGCUCGUUACUUUGGCAAGGCAGGUAGUACGACAAGACGAGGAGAUCAAGCUGCUGAAGCAGGACCACUCCCUAAUCCUCUUCCUUCGACCGGGCGAGCACAGCAUCCUAGGCCACCUCUUCAAGACGGCCAAGGAGUUCAAGGCAAAGCAAGCAGCCAACCCUCAGUGGACCCCAGGAUUUAUCCCCCUCAAGACCAUCAUGGCAAUUGCAUUGUUCAAGGAACUGGGCAAUCGCCUGGACACAGUCUGUCAGGACUCAACCAAGUUGGCCACUGUCAAAGAAAUGGGCUGGAGGGACCCAGCUGCAGGCUGGAAAUUCCAACGGUGGAAUCCGCAGCUCAAAGCACUCGAGGAGGACACCGCCAAGACCCCUUUGUCGGACAAGGCGGUUGCAGAGCAUCUACAGAAACUGUGCGUAGUCCUAGGCCAGGAUACAGUGCACAGGUUCAACUGCACCAGGAAAAUGGCAGACGUCAUGGAGACCUCUGCCACCUUCCAGCUCGAUCUGUCGACCCGCACUCCGGCAUCGAUAGAAGCCUGGAACUCCCUCCUGAUCUUGCAGGGAUGCACGGUCUUACAGCUGGGAGGGGUCGCAUACAAGAGAGAAACCUUGAAGCCGAGCCCGGUGAUCGCCAAGUUCAAGGAUACGCUGCGCGGACGUUGA